CGGACUACUAAUUAUCACCCAACUCUUAUCUUAGCUUCUCUACACUUAGCCUAAUUAUUCCUUUUAAAAGGGAAAUGGGAAAUUGUGUGAAUAAGGGAAAGGGGGGAUCUUCAUCCAUGGUGUGGGCUGCCGAGGAUGAGGGGGAUGAGUGGGAAUGGGUAUCACAGGAAAAGAAAAUUCAGAAGAGUGGGGGUGAAAGUGGCGGCGCGUUGGUAGUAGGCGGUGAUAAAAGCAGUAGCGCCGCCGCGCCGUCUACGACGUUGAAGAUCACAAUCUCAAAGAAGCAGCUGGAGCAGCUGCUUCUGCUGGCGAGGAAAGUGGAGAAUAGUAAUACUUCUAAUCAAGAAGAUCAAAUACUCUUGGCUAGAUUGUUGGCGGAUUCCGAUCAGCACGGCGGAGAUGUGGUGGUGAGGCAGCAGUCAUGGAGGCCGCGUUUGCAAAGCAUUCCGGAACUUAGUUGAACCGGCGCCCCGGAGAACUUUUUGUUCUUAGUUGGUGUACAUAUAUACAUACUCCCUCCGCUUCACGAUCUUUGUCACACUUUCCUUUUUUGGCUGUUUCACAAUCAAUGACACACUUCAUUGUUUCCUUAUUUGGUAAAUAAAUCUUUACCAAAACAGUGCAAAACAGUGUCAAACAGUGUCAAACAGUGUCAAACAGUGCCAAACAAUGUUCAAACAGUGUCAAACAGUGUACUCUACAGUAAAAUUUACCUCUCAGUAACAUUUUUUCCUUAAUUCUUGACAAGUCAAACUGUGUCAAAGAUUGUGAAAUGCAGGGAGUAUACGAAUUGAAGUAUAUAGUCAUCGAUCGAUAUGUAGGUUGCUUGAAUUGGAUUAUUGGUGAGAAUGUUAUUUGGUUAUCAGCUAUGCAAGUUGUUGUAUGUAACUUUAGCACCAGAUUUAUCACAAGUCUGUUUUUUAUAUUGCAUGCUCUUAUAAGCAACAUUUAUCUCAACAUUUAUAUUGAUGUAUUUUAUUACCUCAACAAUUAAAUGAAAAAGAGUAUUCUAUA